AUGGACACGGACGCCGCACCAGUCUCCGGCACGCCACAGUCCUCUCCUUCGUCGCCGCUUGCGCUCCAACUCGGGUUUGUUCUCGCUGCGGCACUCUGGGCCUUUGCCGACACCUCGUCCAUGUCGUCGUUCGUCUCGUCGACGCUGACAACCCUGGCGACGCUGACGGCCGUCGCCCUCGGCUCGCUGUACCUGUUCCAGGACUCGCUCUUGUACUUUCCGCAGGUUCCCGACGGUGCCCGCGAGCAGGUCAUGGCACCCGCUGCCCUGGGCAUGCCCGGCGAGGACGUCGUCCUGCCCACUCCCGACGGCGCCUCGCUCGCCGCCAUCUUCUGCCCGCAGGCCGACGAUGCCGCCGCCGCCGCCGCCCACACCAUCCUGUUUUUCCACGGCAACGCCGGCAACGCUGGCCACCGCCUACCAAACGCCUACCACCUGCACAACCUCGGCUUUAACGUCCUCCUCGCCGAGUACCGCGGAUACGGCCGCUCCACAGGCCGUCCGUCGCAGGCCGCCCUCGAAGCCGACGCCGGCCUCCCGCUCGACUGGCUCCUCGCCCAGGGCCACCGCAUCGAUACCUCUCGCAUCAUUGUCUUUGGCCGCUCGCUUGGCGGCGCUGUCGCCAUCGCUCUCGCUGCGCAGCGCCAGGACGACAUCGCCGCGCUCGUUCUGGAGAACACCUUUGUCUCCGUCGUCGACAUGAUCGACGUCGUCAUGCCUAUCUUCUCACCCUUUAAGCCGCUCUGCUCUAAUCCCUGGCGCUCGGCCGAUCACAUGCCCUCGCUCACUCUCCCUAUCCUCUUCCUCUCGGGCCUCCGUGACGAGCUGGUCCCGGCCGACCACAUGGCCCGCCUCUACGACCUCGCUCCUCUCCCGGCACGCAAGCGCAUCGUCACCUUUGCCAACGGCACCCACAACGAAACUUGGCUCGAACCCGGCUACUUUGACGCCCUUGCCGCCUUUAUCCGCUCAGAUCUUCCAACCAUCCGUGCCGCCAUGGCCGACUCCCCCGAGCAAUCACAAUGAGCCGUGCCAA